AUGGCCGAUCAACCUCGUCUCCUUCGUCCGCGCCCGCGACGACCGUUCGAUAUCCCGCCCGCGUCCGCCGAGUCGUCCGGACCACCCACACCAGCCGAAUCAGCCAACCCCGACCUGCUGACCCCCAAUGGCGUGAACAUGGGGUCGAACUCGCCGAGCGUCAGCCGGACGGGGUCAGUCAUGAAUCUGACCUCGUCGACGCUGUACGGCAUCUACUCGCCCACGGCCUUCGAUGGGUUCCGCGACGAGUCCAGCCCCUGGGGCACCGAGGCCAACACGCCUGCCGCGGAGCACCCGCCAGAGCCGUCGCAGGGUGCCGCCGUCAAGUCGGCGACCGAGCCACGGCAGUUUGCGCUGCGGCGAACACGGUCCCGGCUCAGUCAGGGGUUGUUCCGCGGCGUCAUCCUGCCGCAGGCUAUGAGCAGCAUUCUGCUGUUUGGCUUCGGCGUUGUCUACGGGGUGAUCACUGUCCAUCUCCAUGAUAACCAUUGGAUCACCCCUGUCAAGCUAGAGAACAUCCAUUACUACGACUCUUGGCAAUACUUGGGUUUCUGGGGGCUGGCUGGCGUUGCGCUGGGCAAUGUGCUUCCUUGGCUCGAUAGCUGGCGCGACGACAAAUUGGAACAGGUCAAUCGAUCCAAGCACGCAGCCACCGACGACGAGACUGGGGAUCGCACCCCAUCGUGGGUGACUGUUGCUCGCAGCGUCGGAGCAUUUGUCGGGAUCGCCUUUGCCAUGCGCCGACUCCCCUGGGAAUCCACCACCCAAGCAUCGCUCACCCUUGCCCUCGCCAACCCCGUUCUGUGGUACCUGAUCGAUCGCACCACCACCGGCUUCCUCCUCUCCACCACAAUUGGCUUGACCGGCAUGGGAGUGGUGUUGGGCUUGAAGCCCGAACUGGUGCCCGCAUCGACCGGCUCGUCAGUGGGUGCCACCCUCCUGAAUGGGACCGGGUGGGAGAAUGCGUUGGGGACGGGAAUCACCCAGGAGAGUAUGGCGGUCCGCACAUGGAUCGCCAGUGUAAUCUUCUGCGCGUGCGUCUGCUUUGGCAACAUUGGCCGCCAGCUGGCCAUCGGGGCCGGCAACAGAGAUACCCUGAAGCCGUGA